ACCGGUGAAACUAUUGUCACCGACCUUCUUCAUCACCGACGAUGGGCUGCAUUUGUUUCAAACCUUGGCGUCGAUCGCCUUCUCCGUCGAUUACAUCCACCGUCACUGUCAUCGACGAUCUAGAUAACAACGAAGAAGAUGAAGGAAGUACUUGUCCGAUUUUCCGGGAAUUCAGCUUGGAACAGUUGAGAGUCGCAACUGACGGAUUCUCCGCCGGCAACAUCGUGUCGGAGCACAACGAGAGGGUUCCUAACAUCGUCUACAAAGGGAAGCUCAAAGACGGAAGAAAGAUCGCCGUCAAACGGUUUCAAAGGCUUUCAUGGCCUGAUUCUUUCGAAUUCACCGAAGAAGCACAAGCUGUUGGGAGGUGUAGGAGUGAGCAUAUGGCCAAUUUGAUCGGUUGUUGCUCAGAAGGUCACGAGAGGUUGCUCGUUGCUGAGUACAUGCCUAAUGGAACACUUGCUAAGCAUCUCUUUCACUGGGAGAAAAGACCAAUGAAAUGGGAAAUGAGAUUAAGGGUUGCGUUACAUACUGCAACAGCCUUGGAGUACUGUAAUGAUAUGGGAAUAGAUUUGUAUCACGAUCUUAACACCUACAGAAUAUUGUUUGAUAAGGUUGGGAAUCCUAGGCUGUCUUGUUUCGGUCUCAUGAAGUGUAGCCGAGAGGGAAAGAGCUAUAGUACCAACUUGGCAUUUGCUCCUCCUGAAUAUUUACGUCUAGGUACUGUGAUACCGGAGAGUGUCACAUUUAGCUUCGGGACCUUGUUACUGGAUCUUAUGAGCGGCAGACAUAUUCCACCUAACCAUGCACUUGAUCUAUUCCGUGGUAAAAACUAUUUGGUGCUAAUGGAUUCAGCUCUGGAUGGUCAAUUCUCUGAUGAGGAUAGAACAGAACUAAUCCAUCUAGCUUCCCGCUGUUUCCGGCCUAAACCAGACGAGAGACCAAGUAUAAAGUUUCUUAUGUCUGCUCUUUCAAGACUUGAGAAACGAGCUGAGUUAUGGCCCAACGUCAACGAAGAAAACAUUCCUACUCCAUCAGACACUAAACCUGCAACAAAGGAGCCAUUGCGCUUGACCCCUUUCGGAGAAGCAUGCUGGAGAGUGGAUCUGAGUGGUAUACACGAACUACUCGAGAAACUCGGGUAUGGAGAGGAUGAUGUGGUGGUCACAAAUGAGUUCUCAUUCCAAAUGUGGACGGGUCAAAUGCAAGAGAAUAUGGAUUACAAGAAGCAUGGAGAUGCCGCAUUUCGUGCUAAAGAUUUUGAAACAGCAAUCGAAUUUUACACAGAGUUCAUGAGUGGAGCACCAGUGGUAUCACCAACAGUAUUAGCCAGACGGUGUCUAUGUUACCUAAUGAGCUAUAUGUUCCGCGAGGCUCUAAGUGAUGCGAUGCAAGCUCAGGUCGCAUCGCCAGAGUUUUCAAUCGCUCUCUACUUACAAUCGGCUUGUCUUUUAAAGCUUGGAAUGGAGGCUGAAGCUAAAGAAGCUCUUAGACAUGGCUCUUCUCUCGAAGCUUUUUAGAGUUACAGCAACAAGAACAUCAACAACAAAAAAAAAAGCCAGAUUUGUACAGAUUCUUUCUCUGCAUACGUAUACAUAUACGUAUUUAGAAAUGUGAAUACACACAUAGAACUUUUAUACAUGUUUGCUUCUUUGACUUGAUUUGAGAGAAUCUUGGUGUAUCAUCAGUUUUUGUGUGCUAAAACCCGGAUUUUCUUGCCGUUUU